CAGCAGGAGAAUGUUCACCAGCGUCUGCGUCAAGGUCGAGGCGGAUCUGGAAGAAUCAACGCUGGGAGCAUUCCAGUUCUAUACCUCAGGCGGGAAGCGUGCUUCUUUGGCUUGCUCCGGUAUCCUGUUACAGCCUCAAGAGCAUGAGCCUGGCAUUGUAAUUACGAGUGCGUCCAUCCUUGUGCCGCUCCUUGAUCAAUCGACACGGCUAGCGAACGGAGUCACCGUUCAAGUUGCGGGUGAAGCCUCGGUAACAUCCACAGAAGUACGAUGGGUGCCGGCGACUCUGAAAGCCGUCGUUGACUUCCCAGAUAUCCGAAACGUGAUAACGCAUCUGAUCUCCUCUGACCCCUCCGGCUGGCAUGUCGGUUACUCUGAUGUGCCCCUACCGCGCACCAAUCUCUCCGACCUCUCAUCAGGAUCUAUGGACAGCAUAGGACUGACCGGUAUCGCAAUUCUCCGCCUCCACCACCCACUCCACUCCUCCGCCAACAACACCGCAAGCCGCCGGAUAUGUACUGAUCCACCACUCUGUACCCCACUCCACAUCCACGGCAUCCCGUUCUCACUGGUCAAUCCGGCUACAUUCAUUGGGUACACCACACAGUGCAUAAUCUCUGCCAAACUAACCGCUCCGCGAUCUGAGGGCGUGUUGUAUGUGGUGGAUGCGAGGACUUUUGCGGGGAUGCAGGGUGGCAUGGUGGUGUGUGCGGAGGGAGGGGAUGCCAUUGGUUUGGUGUUGCCGAGGGUGGUAAGGAGGUGCGUAGAUCCGAUUGAGCUGACGUUAGUUGUGCCGUUGCAUACGGUGAUGAGCGCGGUAUCACGGAACUUGACUCGGCCGAUGGUAAUCGCAUGGCUUGCGUCGCAACAGUUGAGUACAACGAAUAGGGUCUCUGAGGUGAUGGAUAUGACUGCGUCGUGGACGAUACUGAAGGUUGAGGCGGUCACGUCGGGGAAGUCGCAGUGGGGUUCAGCUAUCUGUGUGGGUAAUGGGAUGUGCAUCAGCAAUGCACAUGUUGUAAACGAAUAUUCCACUAAUAUCCGAGUGCGUUUCGGCGUCUCAAAGGAGUGGCAUCUCGACUGCCAGGUUCUGCACAGCUCUACCACGGCGGACUUCUGCAUUUUAUUGAUUCCCAAUCCACCAGAGCAAGCAGUAAAUGCUCGCAUUACGCACGAACAAGCUAUGACGAGAAGAUCCAGGGUUUAUGCUGUUGGUUUUGGUGGCUACGUCGGGCCCGAUGGCCCACCCAUGAUUAGUGCUGGAAUCGUAUCAAACAUUGUUGAGAUGAAAAGACAUUCUGAUGAAAGUGCAACGCCAUGGAUGAUCAUCUCGUCCGCCGUUUGUCACAAUGGUUGUUCCGGCGGGGGACUUUUCACAGAAGAUGGUAGAUUGAUUGGGUUGAUCACGGCCAACGCGGAGACUCAAGAAGGCCACAUAUACCCUACGGUGAACUUUUCUCUGCCAGUUGGCUUGUUGACUGGGGCGAUUGAGGCCGUGAAACAUGGAAAACCAUCAUCCGCUCGGCUCAAGUUGAACGUGGAUGAUGAGCAGUUCCGCAAGCUGUGGACAUUCAGCGGCUUGACCCACAACGACGUCCUGAUGGAGAAGGAGAGACGAAGUAUCAAACCUCGUCUAUGA